CAUGGAGCUGGCAGGGGACAGAUACCUGGGGGGAGUGAGGAGAGGAAGGAUGGAAGGAUUCGGCCGCUACUUCAUGCCGCCCGGCUCCGAGUACCGGGGCGAGCUGUGGGACGGGAUGUUCCACGGGAAGGGCAUUCUGCUUCUCCCCAACGGCGGCGGGUACCGGGCGCUCUGGAACCGCGGGGUGCCCUCUCAGGCGAAAUAUACUUUUGCAGAUGGUCUCGAAUACGAUGAGGAAAAAUGGCGUUACUGCGAUGGCUACGACAGAAGAUUUUAUACAGAAAUCUGUACUGGUUUUAAACCACCAGGCAUUGCUCAGCUUACAAAUCUGGAUCCUCCCAAAAUAAUCCCAGAAGGUUGUUAUGAUUGUGGUGAUGGAUUCUACAAUCCCGAAACCAGAGUCGUUGUUGACUACCAACACAAGUUUCUGAGAAAUGCAGACGAUGAGGAGCACGAGUGGAUCAUUCGGAACUGCCGGAAAGCCUGGGAUAUAAUAGAUGAGGACAAACCCAACCCUUAAAGCAGUUUCUGCUCAGACAAUAUUCCAGCAAAGCAGACAGGAGAUGAAUGCAAAUGACCUGAGAUAAGGUUUGGUUCAGUGGCAACAGUCAGUGUGAAAUAUGUUGUGAAACAAUGUAUUGAAUAAAUUAGAAGA